CAGUCCCUGAAAGCAACACUCACCCGGGGAAGUCCCUGAAGUAGUCAUAAUCCUCGACAGUCCGUGAAGGCAGCACCGGCACGCAGAGGAGAAGCAAACAUGGCGGACGCGGUGUCCAGCAGUGACCUUCAGGCUAUGAAACCUCCAUCCAAACGUAGACGCAUCCUCAACCCUUCGGCGAUCGUCCCCGUCCCCGUCUACUCCAGCAGGGUGAGCAGCAGCCUGCAGCUGAAGCCCACAGCAGCAAUGUUCACUGAGAAGAACCGCUCAGAUGAUGGUGCAGAUGACAGCAUGUGGGAGGAGUUUUCCUCACGAAAACCCCUGGUGCCGUUCGUUGAGCUCAGUGACUCUGAGGAUGAAUCAGAACCUCACCAGCACCAGUCAGGACCUUCAAAGAAACAAGUAGAAAACCCUCGCUGUCCUUCUCCUCCUCCACCUGUGAGUCCGGUCCAGAAACAGUCCAACAAGGCCAAACAGAAGAUCAAUGAGCUCAACAGGAAGCUCCGAGCCGUCAGCUCCACCCUGUCCCCGAUGCCUCGGAACCGGAGGACCAGACAGUGCCGGACCCAGGCGUCACACCCAGAUGAUGACGAUGAUGAUGUCAUCUUCGUGAGCCCAAUGUACAGCUCCGACUCGCUUCGUGAGAUUCCCCUGAAGAUCCGCUGCCGAACAGACGUUCACAAAGUUCUGGUUCUGCCGUCAACUCGGCUCAGUGACGUUGUGAGUCAGCUGUCCAUCAUCCUGAAGGUCCCGCCCCCUCGCCUCCUCCUGCUGAAGGAGGAGCUGGAGCUUCCCACAGACUCCUCGGUUGGCCAGCUGGGCCUCAGCAUCGCAGACAUUAUAGAAUGCAUCGUGACACCAGCAGAAGAUCCCAGCAGCAGCAUCACUGUGAAGCUGCAGAGCAAAGACAGAGACUCCUGCCAGGAGUUCUCCAUCCACAGGGAGGUGCCGCUGAGCUCCAUCUUCUCCCAGUACCUGUCAAAACUACCUGCCAGGGCUCACAGGAAGGUCCGAUUCCAUUUUGACGGCUCCAAGGUGACGGGCUGCCAGACGCCGGCUCAGCUGGACCUGGAGGACGGAGACAUCAUUGAAGUUUGGACCUAAGAGCAAAAGCAGUGUCCCUGAGUUGGUUCUUCUGAACAGUUCUAGUACAGUUUUUCUGUAAGCAGGGUUCUGACUCUGAAGCUGCUUUUUCUUUGUUUGUAGUGAUAAUAAAUGUAGUUAUUGGGCCGGAGAAGACGGGUUCCGGUCUUUCUUCACAUGUUUGGCCACAAAAUAAUUAGUUUGUGUUUGUGAAUAAAGAUUAUUGACAUUAAA